CGUGGGGUGAGGAGAGGCCGAGGGUGAGGGGGUGGGGAGAGGCCGAGGUCGCAGUAAGAUGGCUGCCCGGGACAUGCUGGUGAGCUCGGCAAGUCUGGCGUCAUACACUGCGGCGCUGCAGGUGUUGUUUCGUGGGAUGACUUUUCUCUUGAAUGCUUUUACGUUGCGCUAUGUCUCCAAGGAGAUCAUUGGACUUGUUAAUGUGAGGCUUACCUUGCUGUACUCUACGAUUAUUUUCCUGGCACGAGAAGCAUUUCGAAAAGCUUGUUUAAGUGGUGGUGCAGAACAGAAUUGGACACAGAUUAUAAACCUACUAUGGCUGACGGUUCCUCUGGGUAUGCUGUGGGCUGUGCUGCUGAGCUGGGUCUGGCUACGACUGCUGCAAGUCCCAGACCCAGCAUUGCUACCACAUUAUGAGGCUGCAGUUGUGCUCUUUAGUCUCUCUGCAGUGGUAGAGUUGCUUGUGGAGCCACUUUGUGUGCUCGCACAGGCACACAUGUGUGUUAAGCUCAAGGUAAUUUCCGAAAGCCUGUCCAUGGUAACAAAGUGUGUGCUGACAGUUGUGUUAGUCAUGGUUGUUCCACAGUGGGGCCUCUUCAUAUUUUCUUUAGCCCAGUUGGUUUAUGCGGUGUUUCUGCUUAUUUCGUACGUAUUGUAUUUUGUGACGUUUAUUGGCUCACAUGAAGCACAGAAGAAUUCAUUCCCUCUAACCAGGGUGAUAGAUUUGCUCCCGAAAUCUAUUAAUGAUCAGACAAUUCUGGAUUGGAAAUUGGCAGCUCUGACUUGGAGUUUCUAUAAACAAUCCUUCCUCAAACAAGUUCUAACAGAAGGUGAACGAUAUGUCAUGACCUUCCUAAAUGUGUUAAAUUUUGGAGACCAAGGUGUAUAUGACAUUGUGAAUAACCUUGGCUCCUUGGUAGCCAGAUUUGUUUUUCUACCCAUUGAGGAGAGUUUUUACAUUUUCUUUGCCAAAGUGCUUGAAAGAGGGAAGGGUUCAGUGAUGCAGAAGCAGGAGGACGUUGAUCUGGCAGCAGGAGUUCUGGAGGUCCUCCUCAGGCUGGUCCUGCUAAUUGGCCUGAGCGUCACUGUCUUUGGCUAUAGCUACUCCCAAUUGGCUCUCGAUAUCUAUGGUGGUUCACUGCUCAGCUCUGGCUCAGGUCCUACUCUCCUGCGGUGUUACUGCCUGUAUGUGCUGCUCCUCGCAACUAAUGGAGUGACUGAAUGCUUCACCUUUGCUGCUAUGAGUAAAGAGGAAGUUGACAGGUACAAUUUCAUCAUGUUGGUUUUAUCCAUUUCCUUUCUGUGUAUCUCGUAUUUCCUAACCUGGUGGCAUGGUGCUGUUGGAUUUAUUUUGGCCAACUGCAUGAAUAUGGGUCUCCGAAUUGCACACAGUGUUCACUACAUCGCCUGUUAUUUCAAGCUGAGCUCCAAUCGGCCACUGUUGGCUCUGCGACCAUCUUGGCGAUUACUUCUAGUUUACCUUGGCUGCGGCAUCAUCACAGUGCUAUCAGAGGAGACAUUGUGCUGUGCCAAAGGCUGGCUGUACAGACUGUUGCACAUCGCUAUUGGGGCUGGCUGUUUCGUGACAUUGCUUCUUAUAGUAUUCUUCACAGAGACUAGACUUGUCCAUUUUAUUAGGACUCAGUUCUUGUCUGGGUACAAAAAAGAAACAUAGAUGCUGGAGGAUAUCUUGCAGUCAUUUUUAUUAUUGGAGAACCAUAUCAUUAACAGUAAAAGAAUUCUGGUGAAAGCUUGA